CUCUCUCUCUCCUCCCAUGGCUGCCUCCCCAAUCUUCUUUCCCCUUCUUCAUUCGUUGAAACAGAACAUUCCCUCCCUCAAACAAUGGCUUUCCUGCAAACCCAUUUCGAGUACAAUCACUUCUCUUCCAUCUUCACAGUUGGGUCGACGGCAGGAAAUUGUGGUCUUUGUUGCUUUCAACCCAUCGGGGAAUUUUGACCUCUCCCUCCAUGAUGAAGAUGAUGAUAUUCCUAAAGUUCCACCUCCAAUGCCUCCAGCAGAAGGACGAUUGGAGAUAGUUAUCGAUGAUGAUAUCAUUCGGCACCUUGACCUGUCACCUAUUUGCAGAGCUGAUGGAUUUAUCUCACUUUCAUCAGAGCCAAAAGAGCUUCUGGAACGAAAGGUCGGAUUUACCAUAAACUACACAAGAGAAGAUCCACAUGAUCUUCGAGAACUAUCUGAAUUUCCAGAUAUAAGACUAUGGUUCCUGAGGCUUGAUACUACCUACCCAUGGCUGCCCGUCGUAUUGGAUUGGCGUGCUGGAGAGCUUGCUCGUUAUGCAGCUAUGUUGGUUCCUCACCAGACAAGCAUGAGAAUGGGAAUUGUGUUCAAUCCAGAGGCCUUGGAAUUGUUUGUCAUGAGGAAAGUAUUUAUUGUGUACUCUUGGUUGAAGCAACAUAAUGUCCCAAAACCCAAGUUGAAGACAACUGACAUGGCUAGAAUGCUUGGAUUUGGUAUAGGAGAUGAACUAUUUGAUUUGGUUGACUCAUACCCUAUACCAUUAUGAUCAAGGAUGCCUGCAACUCCAAAAUUUAAUUUCAAGCUUCAUGAUAGCUCUCAAACAUCACCUUUGAAGAGGAAUUUGAUCAACACUCUGAAGGCCUGCCUGCAGUGCAGAGUAUGGAGGCCAAGCAGAGGAGAUGGUAACACAAAAAACUUAUUCAGCAAGAAGUAUAGUUUUGAUGACAAAAGAAUCUUAGAAAACUUCUCCAAAAAAUGUCAAAUAUAUUUCCAUUUGGUAAGAAUAGGAAGCCUCCACCUGAUCUCUCAAUGAAGAGCUUUUGGAACAAAAACCACUUAAUUCAAUUUUAACUUGCACUCCAUUGAAGAAUUGGGCUCCUUUUUUAGGAGAAAUCAUAAGUUUAUGUUUCAAAUAUCUA